AUGGUGUUCUUUCAUCGAAUUGAUAAUUCUUCACCGUUCACCACCUCGUACAGAUGCUAUCCAGUUUCCUUUUUAGCCGAUAAUUUUCGUUCUAGCGUGGAAAAAGGAGGGAAAAUUAUCAUGCCUCCAUCUGCUUUAGAUGUACUUAUACCCAAUGCUGUUGAUUUCGCACCUCCAGUUGGAUAUCAGCCUACUGAUUCUGGUUCUUCGAGCGAACAAAGUGAUAAAGAUCUACAUAAGAUCGAAGAUCAUAUAGAAAUCCCUUCAGUUGUUCAAGGAUUCCAGGCAUUUAGCGGUACAGGUUAUCGGUUAGAUGGAAAAAAUAAACAGGAUAAAACUGAGGAAACAGAUAAUGGUCAAUCAUUAGGGCAAUUGAAAGAAAGAGAAAGGGGUGUACCAAACUAUAAUUAUCGACCUGGAAGUUUAACAUUUUUCCGAAAUCUAAAACAAAUUACUGCAGAGCCACCAUCCGGAUAAUAACUCUAUCCACUGAUUCUCAUUCAGAAGAUAUGUUUCAAUAGCCGGUUAAAAAGAAGCAUACAAUCUUGAUUGUCUGGCCAUUUCUAACUAUCAUUCAAUUUUUAUGAGAUUCUCUGGACUUAUCUAGGAAGUAUAUUGAAGGAUUUUGUGAACAGAUAUCGGUCGGCUGCGAUAGCAUUUUAUUCAUCAUUUCAAACAAUAAGAAACCAUGUACACGAUACUAAUAAUAAUUCAAAACCCAUAAACAAUAACAAUGAUGUUG